AGCACCGUGAAAGAACAAGCGGAUUCGUUGGCAAACAAGUAUCCCAACACGGUGCCGAUUCAUCUGAAUGUGCAAGAGGCUUCGGAGUCCCUGAAUGCCGUAGUCAAAGAGCAGGACGUUGUCGUGAGUCUCUUGCCGUAUCACCUGCAUCCGAUCGUGGCCAAGUGUUGCAUUCAACACCAGAGAAACAUGGUCACUUCGUCGUAUUGCUCACCUGCUAUGCAAGCAUUACACGACAGAGCUGUGGAUGCCGGGAUCACGAUAGUGAACGAAGUUGGACUCGACCCUGGCAUAGAUCAUUUGCUUGCCAUGGAAUACAUUGACAAUGUCCAUUUGAAAGGAGGCAAGAUUGAAAGCUUCGUGUCCUACUGUGGAGGGUUGCCAGCUCCAGAACAUUCAGAGAACCCAUUGAGGUACAAGUUUUCCUGGAGUCCAAGAGGAGUCCUGUUCAAUGCUCUCAGUGGGGCCAAAUAUGUCUUGGACGGGAAGAUCAUUGAGGUUCCGCCCGGAGCCCUGAUGAGUUCUGCUGAACCCGUCCGGUUCCUGCCGGGUUUUGCUCUGGAAGGAUACCCCAACAGGGACUCUCUCAUUUACCAAGAAAUGUAUGGAAUUUCUGAAGCCAAGACAGUGCUGAGAGGAACAUUGCGAUACUUCGGUUUUGCUGAGACC